CACUUCGUCUGCAUGAACGACUGUUUCGGGCGCUUUGGCCUGCCGGAAAAAAAAAUGCAUCAUAAUCUAUCGUUAAGUUUGCCCCACCUACACGCAGCCGUUUGUAUUUAAUAAAUACAUAAGGCCUUGGAGCUGCAUUAAUGAAACAGUUACCUGGCUGGAAGCGGUGUUUUCACUUCGCACGUCGAUUUCACCUGGAUAAUGCAGCUACGCUAUGACAGACAUAAGGAUACCGCUGAUUGCAUGUUUUAUUGGAUACAUAACGUUGUCUGUUGCCCAUUUCCUACCAAAUCCAUCAUUUCAAUCACCGUUUCUUCCUAACCGAAUCCGUCCCUAUCCUUAUUUGCACGCUGGGAAUUAUGGUCGUCGUCCUGUGUUUAAUGUGUUUCCCCAAUUUUUCCCCUAUUUACAUUUCCUUCAUGUACAUCAAGCUCAGUCUCAAAGAAUGUUCAACAUGCAUUCGCAUUUAAAUUUGCACGGCAACUGUCCAAGCGAGCAAUUUUCUGGAAGACAGGCGGUUUCACACACGAAGGUAGCUCGGAUUUCAUCGUACGAUCAUAAGGAUUUACAGACACAACCCCCUGUACAAAUGUCGGAUUUUAAGAAAUUCCAUCCAAUUGUAAAACCAAAACCUACCAACUUCGUUCGCGACGUAGCUAAAUUACAUACAAUUCCACCGGAAAGCAAGUUUAGGAAAGCUCCAAAUGCGCAAUAUUUUGAAAAUAUUGUCAUGGUAAACCUAACAGAAAAUUCAAAUACUAGUCAGAAAGUUGGUGUAACGCCUACUCUCAGAUUGGGAAGUCCUAAAAGUUUAAACGAAACAUCCGGUGAUCCUAAAAAUCCAGACUGGAAUUACUUUGACUUUAUUACUAACAAGGACUUCAUAAUCAAACUUAUAGAAAAUAAGUUAAUCAAGCUUCAGAACCAGGAAAAGUUUGUAGGAGGUAUAUCGGUGAACACUCAGUUGUAUGACCAAAUAAAGAAAAUAGAGGAUGCAAUGGGUAUACAUGUAGCGGCAUCAGUGGGGAAUUGGACAACAACUGUACCCCCUGACCCCGUUCCGGCAAUUUCAACAGAUAACAACAGAGAUGGUCAGUACACUGCACUUUCAACGUUCAUGGGGAAUUUCUUCUGUGCAUGGUGCAAAGCCCAUAACGGGAUGCAGAGAAGCACUUGUCUUAAGUUUUGCUUCAAUGAUAUAAUUCGCAAAAAUGGUCGCUCUAAUGAACGCGAUCAAUCAAGUGAUCAAGAGAGGAAAAAGUAAAUUCGCCCAUAAUGACUUUAUUUACUCAAGCCUUAAAAUACUCAAAGAAACUACAAAAAUGACAUGGUUCUGUUUUUUGUACAAAUUGAUCAUGAGGAAUUCCAUUAUUUAUAUCAUAACUUUAAGUGGUGUUUGUUGUUUUGGUUGAACAUUUAAUUUGGGUUUUUUCUGUUUAACAUUUAAUUGUUCGUUUUUUCUGUUUUGUUUUGUGUUUUUGUACGGUAUUUUAUGUACAUGUUAUUUGGUCACCUGAAAAAAAAACCCUACUUAAUUUUGUAUAUGUCAACCAAAAAGUAAAUGUCGCAGAUGCGAUAAAUUCAUGAAACCUCACCGUAAAGCGACAAAUUUGGAACUUUGAAAUAUUUAGAUAUAGUCAUUUAGAUCCAAAACUUUUAAUUCAAAAUAAUUCAAAGUUCUCAAAAUAACAUAUCAUAAAAAGCAAGAAAGUCGCCGCACGCCUUUGACGUUAUUUGUCUGUCAUUAAUUGUAUCACAGGUGUGAGAUUCGUCAGUCGAGUGUGAGACAGAAGUGUGGGAAUGUGUUCCAUACACUGUUUACUACAAAGCCGAUGUAAAAUUGUAAUCAAACAUCGUCUGUUGUUAAAAAAUGCUAGAAUGUGCAAAAUCCAUGAAGUAAUUGUUAUGCUCAACUCAUUUAAAUUUAUCGUUAUUUUAUUUUUAUUGAGAAAAAAAUUGUCUAGGUUCGCUUCCUGACUUGCACUAUAGAUUCAGGUUUGUUCAAAUUGUGAUUCCCAGGGGUAGGGUGGGCCCGUAAGGAGCGAGGUCGAAUUUUUACAUAGUAAUAUAUAGAUAUUUUUUUUCUAAAUCUUCUUUUCAAACACAAAUUGGUCAGAAAUGUUGUAACUUGUGUAAAAGCAUUUUCGGGUAGGGUAGAUUCUGGUUUGUUAAAAUCGUGAUCCCCAGGGGAAGGAUGGGGUUACAAUGGAGGGGUCGAUUUUUUUUAAUGUAGAAAUAUAUAGAGAUUUUUUCAAAAAAUCUUCUCAAAUACCAACUGGCCAGAAAAGCUGAAACUUGUGUGGAAGCAUCCUCAGGUAGGUUAGAUUUAAGUUUGUACAAAUCAUGGAUCCCCAGAAGUAGGGUGGAGCGACAAUGUGGAAAGCGGCAAUUUUUACAUAGGAAAAAAAUUAAAUUUUUCUUGUAAACUUCAAUGUAAUGAUACAUGGUUUUACUAAUACUGUUAUGGAAAAUCUUGACAUAUUAUUAAUUCUCAACUGCUUAGACCCUGGUCAAUUUUUGGGCGCCAAUAGGGAUUAUAGAUUUAUAGAUAUUUGUUGAAGAUCUUCUUGAGAACUGUUAUACUCCUUAUGUUAUAUGAAUUUGAAGUCAUCCUGUUUAAAAGUGGCUCAAUGUUUAAGAUAAGACUAUCUGGAAAAAAAAUUGAAAAUCUUAUUGUACAGGAUCUAUUCUACUACAUCGUCCAGGUAUUUUGUAAAUGACUCCAUAAAUCUGAGUUCAUUGUGGCUAUUAAUGCUCAUGUGGCCCAUGGGCCUCUUGUUAAUGUUAAAUGAUGAGAAAAGAAAAGUAAUCACUCAUCAUAUACUCGUGUGUGUGAUGGUGAAAUUCCACCUCUGAGCCAAGAUUCACGGCCCAGGACUCGCGUCUUGUCCCUCAAUCGAUGGAAAUUCAUUAUCCCACACACGUUAUAAUGAAUGAUUCUAAUAGAGUAUUCAUGAAACAUUACCUAGAAAAUUUUAAAUUUAUCAAAAUAUUUUUGACUAAGGGUCAAAUGAACCUUAUGAUAUUUCCCUGCAUCGUGUGUUUUUGUCAUUAUUUUAA